AUGAAUACGGGCGAGCAGCAGCAGCAGCAGCAGCAGCAGCGCUCUCGAAGGAAGGGACGACCGAUUACACGAAGAAGCCACGCCAGCAGCAGCAGCAGCAGCAGCAGCACAAGCCGGUCUUACUGGCGUUCCCGUCCUUCAUUACACGAAGAAGCCACGCCAGCAGCAGCAGCAGCAGCAGCAGCACAAGCCGGUCUUACUGGCGUUCCUGUCAUUCUAGAGAGAACAGCACCAGUGGCGCGGCAACUGCUGCAGCAGCAAAAAGCAGCAGCAGCAGCUACACACCGGAAACACCCCCCAAGGGGCUACAAACGAGCGCAGCUGCUGCUGCAGCAGCAGCAGCAAGCUGCUGCUCCUUCCGCAAGAGAUGACGAUCAUAUAAUUGACAGCAGCACCUGCAGCAGCGGGAAAUGCAACAACGGCAGCAACAGCAGCAGCAGCAGCAGCGUUUGCUGCUGCAGGUGGCUGCAGCAACGCGUAUCAGAAGUGCUGCAGUUUGCUCUUCAUUUUAAAUUUGCAUGUAAACAGAAGAUAUCCGAGGCGCUGCUGCUGCUGCUGCUGCUGCGGCCCCUCCCUGAAGAGGAGCUUCCCCAGCAGCCUCUCCACCUGCAGCAGCACAACAACAACCAGCAGCACCAGCAACAGCAACAGCAGCAGCAGCAGCAGCGCCAGCAGCACCAGCAGCAGCAGCAGCACCAGCACCAGCAGCAGCAGCGCUGUACAUGGGCAGCACCUGAUCUCUUGAACGGAGACAGUGAGGCAUUUGUCUGCAAGUUGCUGCUGCUGCUGCUGGGGCGGCUUCCUCAUGACGAGUCUCCAGUGCAGCUUGCUGCUGCUGCGCAGCAGCAGCAACUCGCCCAGCAGCAGCAGCAGCAGCAGCAGCAGCAGGGAGGUGAUGGAGACGAUAUUAUAUGCGGCAUCCCAUGGUGGAUUGAGGCGCAGCUGCUGCAAGACAGCAACGAAGAGCAGCAAAUUGAGAAGGAUGUAAACAGAUCCUUUACUACUUGGCGGGUAGACAGCAGCAGCAGCAGCAGCAGCAGCAGUGAGGAGAGCGAUAGCAGCAGCAGCAGCAACGGCAGCUUCCUCAGCCUAUCAGAAGGCCCACCGAGCGCUCGCAGCCGCAGCAGCAGAAGCAGCAGAAGCAGCAGAAGGAGAGUCAGCAGGAACAGCAGCAACAGGAGCAGCAGCAGCAGCAAAGAAGAUAUUGAAUGCUUGCGGAGGGCUUUACGUUUGCUGCUGCUGGGGCUGCUCUCCCGGCACUUCCCUACUCUGAUGUAUGCACAGGGCAUGCAUGAUCUCGUUGCUGCGCUGCUGCUGCUGGUUCUUAGGGCGCUGCAGCAGCUGCUGGAAGCAGCUGAGGUGUACAGACAGCUGGCCUCUCACAACCUCCGCUGCAGCAGCAACCCGCAGCACCCCGUUCACAACCCCACACUCCCGCAGAGCAGCAACUCCUGCUGCGCUGCAUGCAACAGCAACAGCAGCAGCAGCAACAGCAGCAGCAGCGGGAACAGCAGCAGCAGCAGCAGGAACAGGAAGAGGAAGGGAGAUGCUGCAGAAAGAGUGUUUAUAUUUUUUGUAGUAGAUUUUCUUGCUGCUUCAUUUGAAGCGUCUUUGCUGCCUGCAUUAAAUCUGCUGUCGCUGCUGCUGCAGCAGCAAGACCCGCAGCUAUCGGUGCUGCUGCGUCUUUGUUCUUCUGCUGCUGCCUAUACACCUGGAGGAGAGCUGUUAGCAUGUGUCUCGUGGAUUAUUACUUUAUUUACUCAUAUAAGCACUUCGAUAAGCAAGACAUCUCGCGUAUUAGAUUUGCUGCUGUCUCUACACCCUCAGUUUGUGCUGCAUGUUGCUGCUGCUGCUGUACGAACCCAGCGACGCCGCCUCUUUGCUAUCUGCAGCAACGCGCUGCAGCAUGCAAACUCGCCUUCAAGUCCCUUGCUGCUGCUGCUGCAGCAGCACAGGCAGCAGCGCCAGCAGCAGCACCGCCCACAGAAGCAGUUGCUGUCGCAGCAGCAAGACCCGGAACAGCAGUUGCAGCAGCACCAGCAGCAGCAGCAGCAGCAGGAGCUCGGCGUUGGAGUUGAUUUGGUUGAGAUCUGCACAGCAGCAGCAGAAAGCCCUGAGCUGCUUCAUUUGUUUAGAUGCAGCAUAGGGGAUGCGGUGUAUGGGGAGGUGCAUGCAGUGCUGCAGCAUGUACACCUCAGCAAUCUAUCUCUCGAGCGUCUGCUGCUGCAGGCUUGGAGUGCUUUGCUGCACGAAGUGCAGCCGCAGCAGCUGCUUGCUGCUGCAGCAGCAAACGGUGUGCAGUUGCUGCCGUUCUCUCCUCUGCAGCUGCAGAAUCCGCUGCUGCAAGACAAAGCAACAGCAGCAGCACCAGCACCAGCAGCAGCAGCAGAUUCUCCAGUUGCUUCUUGCUGCAGCUGCGUCAGCAUGUCUUAUCUGUCUCCGUUCUUUUCUGUUGUGGGGUCUCGCAUGCCCCCCAUUGCUGCAGCAUACAAGGCCCUCUGCCGGGGGGUCCCUUUCCGUGCUGCUGCUGCUGCUGCUGCUGCUGCUGCUGCUGCUGAUAGAAAGGGCUCAAAGAGGGCGUUUGUUUCAGCAGCAGGAGCAGCAGAAGCGUGGAUUCGGGUCUUCGGUGGUGCUGCUGCUGCACCGCAGCAGCAACCCCACAGCUCUUUGCUGUUCGCAGUGAAAGCUGUUGCAGCAGCGAGCGGAGAGGCGUAUCCUUGCUGCUGCUGCUGCUGCACAGCGGAGAGCAGCAAUGCAUCUGCUACUGCUGCAGCAGAUCGACCCCGCAGCACCACCUGUCCUGAGGUGUACAGACACCUGCCGGUUCUUGAGGCUGGAAGUGUGGGGUGGCGUCAGCCGCUGCCUUCAGUGUUUGUGCCUAUCGACAGCAGCAGCAGCAGCAGCAGCAUGAGUGCGUAUCCUCAGGUUCAGCGUGCUGUUGCUGCAGUUGGUGCUGGUGCACUAUUCCUUCCGAUGCGGCUGCUGCAGCAGCUGCAGCAGACGGAUGCUGCUGCGCUGCUGAGGUGGUUUUGGGGUGUCAUGGGAGGGUUUAGCGCUUUCGAUGAAGGCAGGCGAGCCUCAGAGUCGUAUUAA